GCCCGCGAUAGGGAUCCGCGGUGCUGCGACUUUGCGGCUUGGAACUUAGAACGGUCCGUUCAGUGUCCGUAAAGACUCCGUCGCGAUGGGAGCUUGUUGUCUCCCUCUGCUUUGACUGCAAAGACACGUGCUCGCGACAGAGACCAUGCCGACUGUCAAUGGUGAAGGUGAUCGCCCAAAAUGGAACAGUUUGAAGAUUUUCCCGCCACGGACUCAUGUUGUUGCUGUUAUCGUGUUGUGGGGGUUGGUGGUGGGAUGUCAAGCUCAAGAUCUCACAUGUUGUUCUUUAGCUACUGGAUCAUGUAGAAGUACCUGUGAAAAUAUAUCCUUGGUGCACUUAGCAGCAAACAUAAGCUUAAGAAAUAGCACCGUUGUUGAAGUACAAAACUAUUGCUCAUUAUUAUUGUAUCCGUUUUGGGAGUGCCUGAACGCCACCUUUAACGAUAUGUCGAGGGGUGACUCAUGGGCAGGAAGAACAUGCUGUCCCCUUCCAGUAAGCGAGAGCUGUAGGAAAGCCUGUAUUACAGCUACUUCCUCAGCGGAUUUAACCAAAGGAUGUAGGCAGAGCGAUGAAAUUGCUUUUUAUAACUGUUUGGAUCGCCAACAAGCUGGCGAAGACUGUUGUAACCAGGCAACAAAUGAAGACUGUCAUUCCGCUUGUACGGAUGUAUUUCGCAGUGGGCUAUCAUCCCCUUCGAAACUUUUACGACAAAGGCUAAAAGAUGCCUGCGAAUUAAGCAGUCCCAAAGUUACCCAAUGUGUCAAAGAAAUAGUCAAGCUGACUCCGGUCAAAAAUACCGAGAAACAUUUACAGUGCUGUGAUAAAUCAAACAACAUGAAAUGCAGGGAGGCAUGCAAACAAGUGUUAACCACAAAAAAUACAAUACAAGAAAUUAUUGAUGGCCUGUACACGGGCGGAUGCGGAUUACCUAUGCCACAGGAAUAUUUCUGGCAAUGCUUCCUGAAACCAGAGCUAAGCUCGCCUACAACGUCUAUGGAGGUAUCGCGAAUCGACAAAGUAGGAAUGGAUAGUGCCAAAUGGCAUUGCUGCCAAAGAGCUAAUUCUUCACAAUGUGCCAAUUUAUGUUCUAAGACCUUCACAAAAUUUUGGGCUACUUCCUGGGAUGAUUUUCACUAUAAAUGUUUAACUCAAGUCACUGAAGAAAGCUUGAGAUCGUGCAUUGAUGAAGUGGACGAACCGUGUGAGCUAGGUUGUGAUGGACUCAGUUUCUGUACCAAUUUCAAUAACAGACCCACUGAGCUAUUUAGGUCUUGUACAUCACAGGCGGAUGAGGCAGCUAGAAAUGAUGUUGCUCUUUGGCAAACACAGAAUAAUAUAACCUUGGGCCCGGGGCUGACCCUUCCAUUAAGAAGCAUUUCAAACUGUUCUCCAAAUCUAUGGAAGGCCGUAGCAUGUACUCUUCAAAUCAAGCCUUGCUCAAGGACAUCACAUGCCAACCAGAUUUGCAGAGAUGUAUGCCUACAAAUCUUGACGGACUGUGUGGACUGGACAAAACUGUCUCCUAUAUAUUCAGCUCAUUCUAUUUGUGAAGGACUGUCGCCUGAAGAUCCAGAUAUCUCCUGUUUAAGACUCCAAAGGUAUCUGUAUCCUUCCACGUACAAGCAUUCAAGAAUAACAGGAGAAGUUUCAAGCCCUUGUCGUGGAAAUCCUUGCGAACCAAAUGAGAUAUGUUUGAUAAACAGAAAGUGCAUCCAUGGAAUAAGCUGCAAGCCUUAUAUUUGCCAGCCAGGAUGUAAACUAGGUGAAGUGUCACAAUACAUGGUUCCUCAUGGUACACAAGUUAGGAUUCCCGUAACCAAUAACAGAAAAGGAUGGCUGAAAAUAUGCUGUUGCAACAUCAAUAAAAUCGAAGAAUGUCAACAUCUUCCAGCUAUUACUCUUACAUCUUGCUUGUUAGGGAAUACUCAACAAUUACAUGGAUCUAGAUUCACAGAGGAUUGCAAUCAGUGCAGUUGCUAUGCAGGUGAAAAGAUUUGCAGCAAAAAACAAUGUGAAAAUUCAGCACUCAGUGGCAAAAAUGCUGGGUACACAACGUUGCCAUGUAACUGUCCACCACAUUAUGUGCCAGUUUGUGCAAGAAAUGGGGUCACCUAUCCUUCUGCAUGCCUAGCAAAGUGUGCGGAUUUAAACGAUGGUGAAUUUGAACACUACCCUUGUCGAAACCCCUGUAAAGCCAACAUGUGCCCCAUCGGACAGAAAUGUGUGCCAAAACCGCAGAUUUGCUUGAGCUUAAAACAUAAACCUUGCAUACAAUAUGAAUGUAUUAAUGGUGUCUCAGUAUGCUCCAAUAUGCCGUAUGAUCCAGUUUGUGAUGUAGAAAACAAUCAGUAUGAUAACUCAUGUUUGCUUGCACAUCACAAUGCAAAGCUAGCAUACAGAGGACCUUGUUUGGAAAAAUGCAGAUUUCGAGGACAGGUAUGCGGUUUCAAUGGUCAGACGUACAUGUCAGAAUGCGCGGCACACGCAGAUAUGGUAUCGGUUGACUAUGAAGGACCUUGUAUGGCUGUAGGACUAAUUGGAACAGUAAAAGCUCAGCAGUGUGGUGGCGUCAAGUGUCCCAAGUUACCAGAUAUCAUCUGCAUGGUGUGUUACUUUUCAGGAAUAACACCGCCUGGUGCAUGUUGCCCCGUUUGUGGAGGAGCUCUCAGACUGCUGUAUUCCAGGAAACAAAUCGACAGAGCUUUGUAUGCCCUCCAAAACCAAAGCACCGAAUCUCUCAACCUAAAAUCUUUACUAAAAGCAUUGGAACGACAAAUUCAAAUAGCUCAGUGUAAUUUGAAUGGAUAUCUGACUGUGGAGUUAGAUAUCUUUGUUUUGGUGCAGAGUACUGAAAGGAACCCCUCGGAUCUUCAGCUGGAAGCUUGUCUGAGGGAAGCUGAAAAAUUAGCCAGCCUGAUCAACAUGCAGAGCCCACGAAUUGUUAGCGAGCUUAGUUUAAGUUCGUUAACAGCUGCGACUAUAGUUCAUACACAAGCUACCGCCGGGGCUAGCACAAUUAAUUUGAGCGUCAAUAUUGCAUUAAUCUUACUGUUUCUUCCGUGGUUUGUCGAUAUAUUUUCAUGAGUUUUCUCUUACUAUAUUACCAAAAAGCGUUCGAUGACCGAUUUGCGAAAAACUUCGCGAUCCCAAAAAUUAUGCGAUAUGAUCAUCAAUCUAGAUCUUUGAACGAAUUCGAAUAGACCAGAAGGAGCCAAAAGCCUAUAUACUUAUUCGCCAUACUCUUGAGUCAUUUGACUACCAUUGCUUACUAAAGUGUCAACGUUGUAUCAACAUGAUAAUAAUACUUACCGGUGAAAAGAUCUACCUCCAUUAGGCUCGUUCCGCUCUUUGCAAACUAUGCAAUAAACACCAUAUCAUGGAAUCGUCUAAUACUACAAUUUCCCGCUCUUUGAAAAAAUAAGAAUUACACGAAUUUGAUGACAGAACAAAAAAUUAACUUAUGUCAAGUUCACUUGUAAUAUGCGCUUUCAUCCUGUCUAAAGACUGAUAUUUUAGAGACAAAUGAAUUGUAGGCUUGACCCUUCUACGUAGUCUGAAUUCGUUGAGACUUAUUAAAAAGAUCUGAGUAAACAUCUAUGAUACAAAGCAUUGCUAUUCAUUGAAAACGUUGGCGAUAUAUUUGCUCUUUUGAGAAUAAUCGGAAGAAAGAUUGCUUAGCUCAAGUUACUACUUAGUCAUGUAGUUAUUAGAAAAUAACGGUAGACUGUGAUAUUAAGAAUAAGAUGCUAUAUUUUUAUUAUACCAUAGGCUAUUUGCAAUUUCAGCCCAGGGUUUUUGAAUAAAUGGUUGCUUAGUCCAGAAAGUUUGGUUGUAAAGUUCACCCUGACGAAUAUUUUUGGAAUGACUAGCUGCAAUAAUGUAUAAGACCGUAUUCACUAGUGCAUUUUCAAAUAUUUUGGAUGUGCGCUAAUAUUGUAACUGUAUUGGACUUUCACCAUAUUUUGAAAAGAUUUAUGGCACCAAAUGAUAAAAUAAACAUUGUUUCAAUAAAUUAGAAUAGAUAUGUAUAAUUGAGUUGAACUGAUGUGUUUAAUGUUACCAAAGAACACUGAUUUUUAUAUUUAAGAGUUUAUAUAAUUAAUGUUUUUAUUGAAAACUAAAAAAUGUUACGUUUGUUGAGUAUGUAAUUCGAGUCACUAAACUGUGUUUCUGUAUGUAUUUGUAUUUUAGAAUAUAUCUAAAGGUGAAUUGACUCAAUAUUUUUGAUAAAAAGAAGACACUCUAAUUGGAUGAAAUGAAAAUCAAUAAACAGGAUGUUUCAAUGAAUUUGUCUUAUUUGGCAACAGUCGGUGUAUCUCCUUGUGUCAUGGUUCCCAUCGUUACUGACUAUAUCCUACAGGUUUCCAACCCUAAUUCUAACAAAAACAGAAUAAAGCAAAAUAAUACAAACCAGCAUAUGCACAAUACGCCUUAAUUACAAUAUUACAAAAGUUAUAGCGGCAAACACAAUAGUUACCACCGUUAUCGAACCUGGACUGUCAAAUGUCUUUUUAUAAAACACAUUGAGAAUCAUUUUUAAUCGAUCACUUGAACUAAAAUAUCAAAGUAGUGUUAGAACUGACUGGACAGAAUCUGAAGUUUCGCACCUCCAUCUAUUGAUAGUUUUGUGAGAGUAAGAAGUCACGUAUUUUGUAUCACCUGCACGUGCUUCUAAAGUCUGAUGUAUGUGUACUUGUUUCAAAUCGGACCUCAGAGACAGACUGCCUUGAGAAAAGCUAGACUCACCUUCACCUACGUUAAAAACUUCCAUCGAAGAUAAAUUUAUGCAAAUGAAGGAAUUUCAUGCUCAAUUUAGCGAGUAAUUUGUACAGGGUGUUCCAAUAGAAUAAAGGAGCACCAAAAUAAGAUCUAAGCUAACGCUACACCAGCCAAACGAAUAUCCAGGGUGUUUUGAAAGUUGAGAAUUUCCUUUUCACAAAUAACCUACAAGGAUAGGACAAGGGUAUGAGAUUUUCAAAUUACGUAAGGCUUUUGCGUGUAAUACGCACUCAGUAAGAGUACUCACAUCCGUAAGUUCGUUGAG